GCCCGACGGUAGAGAGGCUCUUCGCUAACGACACGAUUGCAGUGCUUGAAGUUUUGGGCACGUCCGUGGGCCAUCACCACCACCACCACCAAGUUACGAGCAAGUUGUUGCGGAAAUCGGUUGUGAAAAAGUCGCACACACGCCGCGAGAGGGCCAGUGAACAACACCAGCCAGCAGAGCGGUGGCACCACUCUGGGGCAAAGCUUUUCCACUGUUCGUGCAUCGAUUCAGCAGGCUGACAACUCUGCGUGACCUCGUUUUCCGUGUGACAAGUGAAGUGCAGCCGAAUUCAGUCGCCAGUCCCGUGAAUGUUGUGUGUGAAUUAAAGUGAAAGUGUGCAAAGUUAUCGAUUCGAAGCAGCGCGGAAGUCGAUUGUUGCCUGAAGUCACUCGGUUCCUGCUCGGUCCCAGGCCCCCAGGUUCAGUGUUAUAUUCGUGUUGAGGUACCACCUGCGCCCUGCAACCACACACUCCUUGCGCCACCGAACGGAAGUCGUCGCAUCUGUCACUUCACACACCACAUUGCUGCCUGCUGGCUGUUUGUUAACUCCGCAGCUACGCUUUCCGAAGGAAUUUUCCGCCAGCCCCAGGAAGCAAGGAAAAGAUGGCCGGUGGUGGCGAUCCAAAGUGGCAGAAAGAUGCGUCCGACCAAAACUUUGACUACAUGUUCAAACUGCUCAUCAUCGGCAACUCGAGCGUCGGGAAAACGAGCUUCCUGUUCCGUUACGCCGACGACUCGUUCACGUCCGCGUUCGUCUCCACGGUGGGCAUCGACUUUAAGGUGAAAACAGUGUUCCGUCACGACAAGCGCGUCAAACUACAGAUUUGGGACACGGCCGGCCAGGAAAGGUACCGAACCAUCACAACGGCAUACUACCGGGGAGCGAUGGGUUUCAUUUUGAUGUACGACAUUACCAACGAAGAAAGCUUCAACUCUGUGCAGGACUGGGUUACGCAAAUUAAAACCUACUCCUGGGAUAACGCACAAGUCAUACUGGUGGGCAACAAGUGUGACAUGGAGAGCGAACGAGUGAUCUCCUUCGAGCGUGGCAAGCAACUGGCUGACCAGCUUGGGGUUGAGUUCUUUGAAACAUCCGCGAAGGAGAAUGUAAACGUGAAGAACGUGUUCGAGAGAUUAGUAGAUAUCAUCUGCGAUAAGAUGUCGGAAAGCUUAGACUCCGAUCCAACACUCGUCGCUGGCGGCCCGAAGGGUCAGCGGUUGACCGAUCAGCCCGGGCAGGGCCCUCCAACAGCGAACUGUAACUGCUAAAAGUUGCAAACGCGAAACACCCUUUCUGGGAUCGCCGAUUUGGCUGGUUCGCGGCUGAAGGCGCACCACAUACGCAGUAAACAGAAACAGUAAACAAAGCAACAUAACAAGUAAACGCCCACAUUAGCACUCGUUAUUGUCUCGUAAAGUCAAAAUUAAAACCACACAGAAAUACCGAACAAAACAAUCCACAAGGCAAGGGUCCGAAAGCAAGGGACCGAAAGCAAGACGCUGACAACUGAUGAACACUUAACACUUUUGAAUCACAGGCCGAAAACGGUCACAAAUCCCGGUUACCGACCGACACCGGCUCUGUACGGAGGGACUAUGUAAAAUUUGUGGAACGAACAGCCCGAAGAGCCAGUUGCAACGCAGGCAGGCAAAGCAUGGACGUUUGUAAAGUAUCGAAAACUGAGCAAAAGAAAUGAAUUUAAACUGAAGCGAAAGGGAAAAACGAACCACGGGUGCGGAUGAUCGGCUAACGAGGGCAAAUGAGAAAGAGCAACAAAAAAAAACUACAAUACACAAAUUGAUCGAUUAUUAGAAAUUAUUCCGUAAAUUAACUAAAGUAUAACUUCAGUAAGAGCAGAAAUAUUCAUAUCGCAUCAAAUCGCAAACAAACAAACUAAUAUAUUGAUCGUCAUUAUGUGUAGGCAUGGGUUGUUGAUUUAAGGUAGGAGGGGCUGGUGGAGAAGAAGGACUUAGCGCUACGAAUGUUUAUAUAGAAACCACGUUUGUGUCACGUUUCCGAACCAUUUCGGUUGUAACGUCGAUUGGUGACAAUCGCCGCCGUCGUCGUCGUCGUCGUCUUCGAUCCUUGGCUGCGCAUAUGUUGAGUCUAGGUUGGUAUGUAAGGUCCGUCAACACAUGAUUGGCUGAUUGGCUCAGGAUCGUUCAGAAAGUUUGAAGUUUGAUAACAAACCCAACACGAACACGUUGGUCCCGUGUUGGGCCAUAUUCAAUUCGAUUCGGAUUCGCCUCGGUUUCGUCACGCAUUCGACGCAGAACUAUGAACCAAGCCUCUUUCUGCAUUGGUUGGCUAGUGGACCUUCGAUGGACUGUAAUAUUAACGUACGGCAACAUACACGCAAGCGCACCAAGAGAUGGGCGAGUUUUGAUUGUGUCUAGAAUCGUUGUUUUAGCGAGUAGCGACAAUAAGCAUAAAUGGAAUAAACGAUCGAGAUAGUCGAAGUGGCACGAACUUAAACGGCAUUAGGUAGCCAUUGGGCCAUUGGGCAUUUGGAAAAUCGGUUUGAUUUUCGUUUCAGUAGUGCGUAAAUAUUAUUUUCUUAACACUCUACAUUCCUCAAGCGUAAUGAAGACAGUAUUACAAUGUUUACAGCAUUAUCGAACAAAAACCACCAGCCGGUUUCCGUUUAUGUUUGAGCAGACCAGACCAUUAUUCCAUCGAAGUUAGACCAUUUGGUUCGCGUACUCUUGGUUACGACUAGCUUCACCAAUAAAUCGACGUCGUUAGAGUCGUGCUGUUGCUGACAACCGAUCCGACGGUUGUCCUAAAAACGGUUCAUAGAAAUCAGUCAAUUGAACAACCACGGUUUGACCAAAAGCCAUGUUAAGCGUAGCAGUCGAUCUAUGCCUCUCGAAGAGAAGCUUACUACAGCAGCCCUUUUUGUUUCGGUACAGGGUACUUUCGAUAUCAGGCCGCUUGUUACAGGAGGCGCAAGCAGAAUAGGGUAGCAAACAGGGUGAGCUAAACUUAUGCCAACAGUUAUGAGGAACCGUCAUGUUUAAUCACGCAGGAAUGCAUCAAUGUUACACGGCAAUCAUCGUAUAUGUAUGGGCUCAUAUGUCUCGAAUCGGAUUUUACUCGUACGGUGAACAACCAAAAGUUUUGCAUCUACAUGUGCCUACACUACCAGCAGCUGCUCAGCGUAUGGCGUGAAUGUUCUGAAGAAUUUUUGCUGUCUAAAAGAUUCAUGAAACUUCGAUUCAUCAGGAGUUUGGACUCAAACGUGACAACAGCGACGUUUGGUGUGGGGUGGCGUCUUUACGAGCUGUCGGUACACCUAGUAUAAACAACGAUUACUGUCCUUGUAAAGCAUUGUUUAAAACCUUCAAAGCUGAUUUUAAACCGUCGGCCACUAACCAGAGACCAUUUCUCAAAUCUAGCAGAUGAAGAAGUCUUAUGAAACCCCUACGAGGUCGGAAGCGUUUUGUGGUGGCUCACAAAGUCUAGCUCCAAAUCGGCUUCGAGAGAAACACUUAUUAGAAAAAUUAUCACAACACACCCCGUAGGCAGUCUGCUGCACGACUUCAGACACCGACACCGACCGUCCACGUGUGGGACUGGUGCGAGUUGCAAGACGAAACUUGAAGCCUCAUUUGCGACUAUCACAACCAUUGAUUUGGUUUCCGUUUUUUUCAGGCCGCGUAAGCAAAAUCAUUUACUCCGAAGGAGCUUUAUUUAUGUUUGCACAUAAAUGCCGCCUCAGUCAAGCUAUCUAAUGUUAAAAGAAUGCACACUUUAUUGAACUUCUUACACAGAGCGAGGUCUGUAUACCUUGCGGGAUGACAAGUUCAGCAGCAACAGAUUUCCUCAACAGCAGUAAAAUAUAAACCAAUCGUACACGAAACGAAGCGAACUGUAUCGACAAGAAACUACAAUACGAACAAAUCCCAUACCGUUGCACUCUGGUCAACACACAAUGGCUAAAAGGCGGUAUAGAAAAGCGAAACUGUUUCGAAAAUUCAGCCAACCAGAGCGCAAAGGCAAACUAAAUUAUUGGUCAUCAUAAUUGUUGUAAUAAUUAAUUAAAGUAUAUAAAUAUAUAUACACAUAUAUAUUUA